AGCUGAGAGCGCGUCCCACAACAAGUUCGUCGAACAUAACUAAAAUUUAAAGAUACACAAGACACAAAGUGUUACUGUACAUAUACACAUAUAGUAUAUAGGUUCUUUUUCCUCUUUGCAAUUAAAACAGCUUAAAACAAAAGAAACAACAGCAAUAAAAGAAAAAAUAUCCUUGAAGUGCAAGGACAUUUGAAUCAAAGAUUUUUAACGGAAUCUUUACAUGGAAAAAUAAAGGAUAUUGCAUUCUAAAAGCAGCAGCAACAAAAACAAAAAGAACAAAAUAAACAAAUUUAAGACAAAAUUCAACUCCCUUCUAUGUACAUAAACUAAACACACAUAAAGUAACAAAAGCUACAAAUUUUCCACAAGACUGAGAUAAUUAUUACAAAAUAAAAGUUUUUUUGAAAGAUAAACUCUGGAAGAAGGAAACUUAAUCAUUAACACUGAUCUCAUAAUUAAAACAAACAUUAAAAGCAAAUAAAAAUAAAGGACUAUACAAAAAUAUAAAAACAAAAAACUAAUUCUCCUUUCAAAAGAACCAAAGAAAAAAAGUUUAAAAAAAAAACAAACAAUCAUUAAUAAAGAAACGAAGUAAAAGAAAGGGUAACUCCAAUUUGACUGUGAUCGCUUAAAUUUGCUGCAAGAGAAAAAGGAACACUUUGUGUUUGUGGGAGCAACUAUAUAUAUAUAUUUAUACAAAUCUCAGCUGAAACGAUAAAUCAUCCUUAUCAUCAAAAACCUCUCAUCAUCCGAAAGCUGUAAAGCAUUUAAAAACCAACAAACAAAAAACAAAAAAACAAACAAGGUCACCAAGGGCAUCCUUGUGGUACACCUAAACCCACACCGGUUAUUUUUAAUCGUAUAAUGUUUAAUAGUCUUGCAAAUCUACUAUUUGGAUCGAACGCUAAUACGUCUACUAAUCCUGAGAGCACUGACCAAAUUGAGCAAAUCUUAGAAGACAACAAUACUAAUUCCUCCUUACAAGCAACUGCAAGUACAACAACUGCAACUUCAAUUGGACGUAAUACUGACAAUAAUAAUCAAAACGUAAGUAAUCGAUCGGUUGAGGAUCAUCUAAAAAAAUUGAUCUCAAUCGAUCACAACAACGACGACGACGUAACUAACGUCGACGAAUUAGACGACGAUUGGCUGUUGGUUAACAGAGAAGACGACGAGGAGGACAGUCUCCCUCGGACGGAUUCCGAAGAGGAGCUUCCAUUUGUUGAGAUCAAACGUAGUCCAACUUUUCAACAAAGACCAACUCGUAAUAGCAACCACCAUUCCCUUUCAGCAUAUCAUCAGCGAACUAUAGCAUUACGUUAUGAUGGUGGCGGACUCACGCAAUCUCUCUAUGUUGUUCCAUCGUCCGCCGAUUGUAAUAAUGGCACUGUCAUCACUACUAAUCUUCCUACGCACAUGUCUAUGGAAGAAUCAUGGUUCCUGACCCCGCCGCCAUGUUUUACUUCAACAGGACCUGUAAAUAUGGAGACAUCUCCAUUUGAAAAUCUACUGAUUGAACAUCCAAGUAUGUCAGUUUACCAUAGUAUUAGGUCAGCCCAAGAGGCUGCCGAAAGUUUUAUUAAUCUUGAUCUCGGGGUGGAGGAAUCUCAAAAUGGAACAAUGGUCGUUGUUGAGCAACCAACAGGAAGGAACCAAUCUGUUGCACCUCGUGUUGCAAGGAAUCGUGUUGAACGCCUUAACCCAACACAGUGCAAAAUGGAGUACCUAACCCGCUCUGCACAGAAGGUCCAUGACAAAAAAGAUCGUCAAACUAUCUGUCGUGGAGCUAUCAAGCGUUCGAAUAAAGUUCGUGAAUAUAACAGCAAGAGCAAUCGCCAGCGUCGCUCCGACUUGCAACACAGCAAAAUCAGCAGUGGUGCCAACAACAACCGAAAAUGUUAAACAACGACUUUAAAAAAUUUUACUCUAUCAAAAUUUUAAUCGUCGUUGAAUGCGAAAUUUUGCUCUCCACAUAAAAAAUAACAAAAAAAAACAUAAUUGUUAUAAAAAAUAAGAACAAAAACAACGCACCCCCAAAAUAAACUAAAAAAAAAAACUUAAAAAAUUUAAAUUAAUACAAAAACAACAAAAAAAUCAAUUUAAAUGUGUAGAUUAAGUAAAAUUUUAAAAAAAAUUACAAACACAUAAAAUAUGAAUUAAUGUGACAAAAAAAAGAAUAUAAUUAUCAACAAAAAGAAAAACAAACAAUUGUUUAUUUAAAUUAAAUUUUUCAAUUUUUGAUUGAAUUGUUUAUGUAAAUUUAAUUGUUAAAUAGUUUCAAUUUAAUUCACUUAAAAUUUGUACCCCAUCCUCCCUCCCAACAAAAAUAGUCACAUUUCACACUUUCAAAAUAUCUCUAUCAAAAAAAAAGAAAGAAAGUAAAUAAAUAUUUUUUAUUCAAAUUAAAAGAAAAUUUACAAAAACAUAAAAAUUGUGAUAUUGUUGAGCGCAAAAAUGUGCGAGAGAAGUGAAAGAAAAAAACAAUAAUAUUAAUAAAAAAAACAACAACAUUGUAUGAUUUAAAAAAACCAAAACGAAAGAACAUGAAAAUUAUUAUCCUCUCUUAUUAAAAUAUUUAAAAUAAAUAAAUAAUAUUCUAUACAGUGUGCUUAAGGACGAUCAGGAUCAGUGUUGUGUGUGUGCAAUGUGCAUUGUACAUGUAAUAAAUUAAAAAAUAUAUUUAACUCUUUUGGAAUAUCAAAGUCAAAAAUAAAACGAUAAUUUUUUACAUGGGACUAAGAAUAAGGGUAAACAAAAUAAACAAUUUUAAGUGAGUAAGUUUUUGGCAGACAAAAACGAAAAAAAUUCUAAAACAUAUUUAAGCAACAAAAAAAAAGAAAAUGAAAAAGGAGCAAUAUUUUUUAAAUAAAUUUUACUUAAAAAAUAAAAAAAUUAAUUGAUAACUAUUUAUGUUUAAAAAAAAACAUAGGUGCAAAUUUGUCAGACAAUGAUCACAAUCCUGUAGCACAUUUAGCAUUAUCCUGAAACUCUAAUAUAAACAAAUAAUAAGAAAUCAAAUGGCAUUAUAUAAGUUUAAUUUAAAAUUAACAAAAGAAUCUAACUUUAAUUUUAAUUUAUCUACGAAUGUUUUAUUUUUUACCUAAGCAAUAAAUAAGAAUUAUUUUAAAUUAAUAUUUGUUUUUUUUUGUUUAUAUCAUUUUCAAACAACAAAAGAAACUUAAAAAUAUUUAAAUAAAAGAAGCUUCUUCAAUCAUUGCAUAAAAAUAGUUAUUAAACAACAAAUAUUAUAAUAUAUUUAUCUAUAAAUAUUUAAAUUUCUUCUAAAAUUAAAAUUAAAAUUAAAACAUAACAAACAAACAAAAAAAAACAUAAAGCACUCAUGUGAUCAGUUAAGAAAUUGUUCGUUACAAUAUUACUUUUAAUUAGAAAAAUAUUAAAAUUACAAAAAAACUGCCUGAGAAAUAAAAUAAUUAUCAUAUUAUUAAAAUAGGCCAUUAUUAUAAAAAAAAAUUGCAAUAAAUCCAACUAUGAGUAUAUUAUUAUAAAAUAUACAUUAUAUUAUCUUGUUUUGUUCAUUAAUUUAAAAAAUAAAAAAGAAAAUAAAAUAAACAACAAAUUUAAUAAUGAAGUGCUUCUUUCUGUGACAUACAUAAAUUAAAAACAAAAAUAAUAUUUAUUGUGAUUUCUUAGUGAAGAAAUUUCGUUGCACAUAAACAUUUAUUGUUUAAGACUUUUAAAACACUUUGAAACAAUAAACAAAAAAAGAGUACAUCAAAUUAUGAAAUAUCCUUUAAAACAUACAUAUUUAAAAACAUGAAUUUAAUUUUGACCUAGACUUUAGAGGAUGAAUAUUAAUUGAAAUGUGAGAGAACAAAAUAAAAUUAAAAAUUAUUAAUGUAUUAUUAUAUUAUUAUUAUCUUAAAUGUAGAAAUUAAAACUACAAAAUUAAUUACAAAAAAAAAACUUUGUUUAGUAGUAAGUUUAAUGUUAAAUUGAAUGACACUUGAAAAAAAAUACAAAAAAUGAUUGAUGAGUGAAAAAAAAACGUUAAAAAAUCAAUAAAUGGACAGCAAAAAUGCAACAACAAAAAAUAUAAAAUGAACAAAUGGAGAAAAACGAUUAAAGUUAAAUAGAAGAAUUA